AUUUGCUUGUAAAUGCAUCACGAAGAGGCAGCCCAGAAUGAAGAAGACAAGCAGGAGUGUCGGCUCAGCGCCUAAGGUGUCCGGGGUAAGCAGAACGCAAGCCACGGACAAAACAAAACCCGAGAACAGCUGCCCAGCACCUGCAGGAGGCAAGGUCGGGAAGCCCGGCACUGGCACCGCAGCGUCCUUGUCAAAGACCAAGAGCAAUGAUGACCUUUUAGCUGGGAUGGCUGGAGGGGUGACAGUGACCAAUGGUGUCAAAGGAAAAAAAAGCACCUGCUGUUCCACUGCACCUUCUGCCCCCACCGCCGCCAUGAGCACCGUGGAGAACAAGUCCAAGACUGGCACAGGCACAAGUUCUUCAACCAAGCGGAGCACUUCCACAGGUAAUAAAGAGUCCAGUUCUACUAGAGAAAGAUUACGUGAGCGUACCCGACUAAACCAGAGCAAAAAACUGCCUUCUGCAGGUCAGGGAGCUAAUGACGUGGCACUGGCUAAACGUUCCCGCGGUCGCACUGCUGCGGACUGUGAUGUUCGCAUGAGCAAGUCCAAAUCGGACAAUCAGAUCAGUGACAAAGCUGCUUUGGAAGCCAAGGUGAAGGAUCUUCUCACGUUGGCAAAAACCAAAGACGUGGAAAUUUUACACUUGAGAAAUGAACUCCGGGGCAUGCGCGCUCAGCUGGGCAUUAGCGAGGACCACCCUGAGGGGGAUGAGAAGUGUGCGGAGAAGGAGGCUGGCACUGUUCACCAGCCGACUGAUGUCGAGUCCACUUUGUUGCAGUUGCAGGAGCAGAACACUGCCAUCCGCGAGGAGCUCAACCAGCUGAAAAAUGAGAACAGGAUGCUGAAGGACAGGCUGAACGCACUGGGCUUCUCCCUGGAGCAGAGGUUAGACAACCCUGAGAAGCUCUUUGGCUACCAGUCCCUGAGCCCAGAAAUCACCCCCGGCAACCAGAGCGAUGGAGGAGGGACUCUGACUUCCUCGGUGGAGGGCUCUGCCCCUGGGUCCGUGGAGGAUCUCUUGAGCCAGGAUGAGAACACCCUCAUGGGCCACCAGCACAGUAACUCUAUGGACAACCUGGACAGCGAGUGCAGCGAGGUGUACCAGCCCCUAACGUCCAGCGAUGAUGCGCUGGACGCCCCGUCGUCCUCAGAGUCGGAGGGCAUUCCCAGCAUGGAGCGCUCUCGAAAGGGGAGCAGCGGGAAUGCCAGCGAGGUGUCCGUUGCUUGCCUGACAGAACGGAUACACCAGAUGGAGGAGAACCAGCACAGCACGAGUGAGGAGCUGCAGGCCACGCUGCAGGAGCUCGCUGACCUGCAGCAGAUUACCCAGGAGCUGAACAGUGAGAACGAGAGGCUGGGCGAGGAGAAGGUUAUUCUCAUGGAGUCCUUAUGUCAGCAGAGCGAUAAGUUGGAACACUUCAGCCGGCAGAUCGAGUAUUUCCGUUCCCUUCUGGAUGAGCAUCACAUUUCCUAUGUCAUCGACGAGGAUGUGAAAAGUGGCCGCUACAUGGAAUUGGAACAGCGCUACAUGGAUCUAGCUGAGAAUGCCCGCUUUGAACGCGAGCAGCUCCUUGGGGUCCAGCAGCAUUUAAGCAAUACUCUGAAGAUGGCAGAGCAGGACAACAAGGAGGCUCAGGAAAUGAUAGGGGCGCUGAAAGAGCGCAACCACCACAUGGAGCGGAUCAUUGAGUCUGAGCAGAAGGGUAAGGCAGCCUUGGCAGCCUCGUUAGAGGAGUACAAAGCCACGGUGGCCAGUGACCAGAUGGAGGUGAACCGCCUGAAGGCCCAGCUGGAGAACGAGAGGCAGAAAGUGGCGGAGCUGUACUCCAUCCACCACUCUGGAGACAAGUCUGACAUUCAGGAUCUCCUGGAGAGCGUCAGGCUGGACAAAGAAAAAGCAGAGGCUCUGGCCGGCAGCCUGCAGGAAGAUCUGGCUCACACCCGGAAUGAAGCCAAUCGUUUGCAGGACACCAUUGCAAAGGUAGAAGAUGAAUACCGAGCCUUCCAAGAAGAAGCUAAGAAGCAGAUAGAAGAUUUGAACAUGACAUUAGAGAAAUUAAGAUCAGAGCUGGAAGAGAAAGAGACAGAAAGGAGCGACAUGAAAGAAACCAUUUUUGAACUUGAAGACGAAGUUGAACAGCACCGGGCAGUGAAACUUCAUGACAACCUCAUCAUUUCUGACCUAGAGAAUACGGUUAAAAAACUCCAGGACCAGAAACAUGACAUGGAAAGAGAAAUCAAGACACUGCACAGGAGACUUAGGGAAGAAUCGGCGGAGUGGCGGCAGUUUCAGGCUGAUCUCCAGACCGCAGUGGUCAUUGCAAAUGACAUCAAGUCCGAAGCCCAGGAGGAGAUUGGUGAUCUGAAGCGCCGAUUACAUGAGGCUCAAGAGAAAAAUGAGAAGCUCACAAAAGAAUUGGAGGAAAUAAAAUCACGCAAGCAAGAAGAGGAGCGAGGCCGGGUGUAUAACUACAUGAACGCUGUUGAGAGGGACUUGGCCGCCUUAAGGCAGGGGAUGGGCCUGAGUAGAAGGUCCUCGACUUCCUCUGAGCCGACGCCCACGGUCAAGACCCUCAUCAAGUCCUUUGACAGCGCAUCUCAAGUGCCCAGCCCGACUGCAGCUGCCAUUCCUCGGACGCCUCUGAGUCCAAGUCCUAUGAAAACGCCCCCUGCAGCCGCCGUCUCCCCUAUGCAGAGACAUUCCAUAAGCGGACCCAUCUCCACGUCCAAACCCCUGGCGGCCCUGGCAGAUAAGAGACCAAACUAUGGGGAAAUCCCUGUUCAAGAGCAUCUACUCAGAACGUCUUCAACCAGCCGACCUGCUUCUCUGCCCAGAGUACCUGCCAUGGAAAGUGCCAAGACCAUCUCAGUGUCUCGACGAAGCAGCGAAGAGAUGAAACGAGACAUGUCUGCAGCCGAGGGCGCAUCACCGGCCUCGCUCAUGGCCAUGGGAGCCACGUCACCACAGCUGUCCCUCUCCUCCUCCCCCACGGCCUCCGUGACCCCCACCGCCCGGAGCCGCAUAAGGGAAGAAAGGAAGGACCCUCUCUCAGCAUUGGCAAGAGAAUAUGGAGGAUCCAAGAGGAACGCCUUGCUGAAGUGGUGCCAGAAGAAGACCGAAGGCUAUCAGAAUAUUGACAUCACCAACUUCAGCAGCAGCUGGAACGACGGGCUGGCCUUCUGCGCCCUCCUGCAUACGUACCUCCCCGCCCACAUCCCCUACCAGGAGCUCAACGGCCAGGAGAAGCGAAGGAACUUCACCCUGGCCUUCCAGGCUGCUGAGAGUGUCGGCAUCAAAUCCACACUGGACAUCAAUGAGAUGGUGCGGACUGAGCGGCCAGACUGGCAGAACGUGAUGCUGUACGUGACGGCCAUCUACAAGUACUUCGAGACCUGAGCGCGGGCCCAGCGUGAGCCUCCGUGGCCCAGGCUUCCUGCAGGACCUGCCCCGAGGGCUCAGCGCACACGCGGGUCUGCCAAGGAGGACGGGGAACUGCGGGUGUGGAGGGGGCGCACAUGCACUGAACUUGGUGGGAAGGGGGUGAACGUGCAGGCCACUUGCGGGGGUCCUGAGAGCUUUUGCCACAGCACCACGACCCAGGCAGGGAAACGGGCCCCUGACGAUCCCUGCUUCCCUCCCUCCGUGUGGCGGGGCCUCGCCGGCGAGACACAGCCCUGCGCUCCCUGCCGCCCUGCCCGCCAGUGCUGACAUCAGGUUUCUGGACAGAGUUGGUCAGAGGAAUUCUCCAGCUAAAAAUUUUUUUCUUACGAGCAAUAUUGGGGAAAAUAGCUUCUGUUCUGUUAGUACCAAAGUUAAGCUGUUGAUAGUGAGCGUAGCGAUAAAACACAGAUCCUGGACGUGAGGUGGGAACGUCGUCGGACGAAGCAGGAGGGAAAGCUGAACAAGUCGAGGGGCCCGACGGUGCGACGAUGCUCCUGGCGGGGACGGAAGAAAGUGCCUUAACUCUCCUCGCAGGGGCCCGAGGCCAGGCUGCGUCCGGGUGACUGACCCGCGGCCCUUCCCAGGAGCAGGAAUCCCCCCUCACGCGCGCCUGAUGCAGCCGCCGGUGUUUGGAAUGACGGGGAGACCUGUUGCUUUGCGGAAGAGCCGCCCAGUUGCGGGGCCGCCGAGCCGGUGGUGGGUAUUCCAGACCAGGGGUGGGCGAGCCAACCGCCCAGAGCAGAGCCCGGUUGUUAAGAUGGGCUGUGUGGGCAGCCGUGGGCCCAGGUCCCAGGCGCCUGGUGAACCUGCAGGCUCUGUGUGAGACACCUGUUUUCAGCUGUGGAAGGAGAGGCCUGGUGGGCAAAGUGCAGCCCCAGUGCACAUGGAGACCCCGGCAGACCCCUGCCCCUCCCCGACCAGCUCUGUCCCCGUGUCGUGGCUCCGGUGCUCUGUGCUCUUUCUGAGCAGCUGUCGGGGCUCUUCUCUCUCACCUGCCCGCGGGGAGGCCUGUGCGUCUGUCUGGAUCUGUUGUGCGGCCGCAUGUCGUCUGUUCUGUCAGGAGGGGCCUCGUCCAAUGGAGGAGACUUUCUUGGAUCUGCCGUCACACCACUGUCCCUUCCGAGCCAGUGUCAGCCUUGUUGCUCCUGCUGUGGGGCGGGGGUGGCCAGCAUCCUCGGGAGGCGGUGGUCACUGCUGAUAGCUGUGCCCACAUGGCUGGCGUUGCCCGGCCUUGCGCCCUGGGGACGGUGACGGGGCAGAGGGUGGCCUCUGGGAGGGCCUGCCAGGCCCAGGCUGUCUCCUUGACCACAGACCAUGCGGCCAGGCUGCCCACAUUUGCACGUGGAUCAGCAGGUGAGAUUUUUUUGGUAGGAUCCUGGUUGCACUGUCGGCUUCACAGGAUGAUUCUUGCCGGUCAUGUGUCCCUAGAAGUGAUGCUCUGAGGUGCUUUUGUCCAGCGCACUUGCUGGGAGGCCUCCAGGAAGUCGUCCUGCCUCCUCCCUUUAAGCACAAGCUUUACAGCAAAAGGACCAGUUUUGUUUUUCUGUCAACAAACGGGCUUCUGCUAACAAUACUUUAAAAUUUUGUUCUAGUAAAUAUUCUUGAAUGUAUUAAAAUUGUUGGAACACA